AUGAUCCCGGCUGUCACACCGCAGAUCACGGCUACAAUCAAAUUCAUCGACCAUAAGCUCAAGAUGCUCGAUCAAGUCGAGGACACUAAGAAGAAAAUUAUCUCUUCGGGACAAAAAUGGGGGGAAAAGUCGUCUGAGAAGAUGGAGAGACGCAUUUGGGUUGAGAUUUGCCCGUUUGUCCUGCUCGGCUCCUGGUACAUCACACAAGUGAUCACAGCUACGGCAAAUGCUUUCCCGAAUGAUGCGCAGAAGAACGAAUUUCUCGCCCAAUACGAAGAGAUCUUUCGGUUCCACAGAACUGUGAGUCCACAUGCUCCCUGGAAGCGACUGCAUCUUGGUACUGACACCAUUGAGUGGCGACAUAAAGAAGUUUCACAAGAAGUUUUGAAACCCUACAUUCACGACAUCCCCAAAGAGCCCUUUGCAAGUUACAAUUUUUUGAAGCCGUCAAUCUACACGGAACUCAGAGCGUCCGCAAGCCUGACACGAUUGAACAAGCUCAGGGAGGUCGACAAAUGGAAGAGACCAUCGAAGUACUAUGGAUAUGCUGUUGAAGCACAAAUGGAGUGGCAAAUGAUCAAAAGGGAAAAGGAUCGUCUUGACAGCCAGGGUGAUACGUAUGCGGAACAGGUGUGGCCGAGUCAUAUGGUUGACGAUCACCUUGAAACAUUGGAAAAGAUCCUCGAGAAGGGGAAAGCUAGACAACCAGAAGAUGAAGACUAA